UUAAAGGAAGACCCAUUCUCACAGUGGACCUAUAGAUCAAGGUGGAGUGAGUUAAGUGACUUGGAACUUACUAGCGAUUCAAUGUCAAAGGCUAUUCAAGCAGGUAAAGCUUCUCGUCUAAAACGGGUUCUUUUAAAAGCCUUAGCGGGUAAAAAAAUCAACGUUGUUAUUGUUGGAGGCUCGAACAGCGCUGGAGGAAAGUUAGGUGUCGAUGAGGGAAGUCUGGAUGGUUUAUACUUUAACGUUUUCACGAAAUGGUGGAAUGAGACCAUUGCCAAAGCGACAAACGCAUUUGUGACGGAAUAUGGAGUGACUAUCGGCGGAACGGGCAGUUACGUGUUCGCGUUUUGCUACAAAACAUUUAUCCCAAGAGACCUAGACAUUGAUAUUGUUUUGAUCGAAGCUUCUAUUAAUUUCAACAUCCGCGGCAAGGCCGAGCCCCUGGAACAACUAACUCGUCAAGUCCUCUCAUAUCCAUCAGCGCCAGCAGUAUUCUACAUUAAUCUGGUCAGUGGUUUAGGUCUUGACCCGACAACUCAGAAGGUCAUUAAUCCCCUGUGCACUAAUCUCGAGAAUUUUAGACAAACUGAGCUGGCUCAUCACUAUGGAAUAUCCUCAUUCAGUUUGAAAGAGGUUCUGUGUCGCAAGAAAGACGACGGAUGGGAGGCAGCAGUCACUAAUUUGGCAGGCUCGGAUGGCCGCCAUAUUGGUAUCAAAGCGCAUGCCCAAGUUGCCAUAAUGAUUAUCGAACAUGUGCGUGGUGUCUUCAAAGAGGUAAUCAAUGACGUCACAAACAACGUCAACGCAAACGAAAUCGCCUCUUUAGCUUUACCGGAACUUUUCUUUUUGAAAAGUAAAACUGAGGCUUUGAGUGAUCCAUUGUGUUGGACCGGGUUGACGCCCGAUGUUUAUCAGUCUCGUCAACGCUCAAAUCUCAAGCUCGACGUUAUUGAAAGCAAAGGAUUUUACCGAAAAGGAGGCUCGAAAACAGAGCAGUAUUCUGAUGGCAAUAAUAAAACUGAUUUACGCACCGACGCCCAAGGAGGCUGGACUGCGUGGAACGAACAUUCAAUCCUUAAGCUGCGUUUUCUGGUCCCGCCGCUUAAUUCGCAGACUAUCCCUGAAUCUCGGUCAGUGAUUGUUGUGGCUCACACUUCUGGUUACGGUGGUAAGGCAAAGUUGUGGCUGGAUGAUAACAAGGAUCAAGCAAUUUACGUCGAUUCCAAAGCGAAUUUUGGAAACAAUCUGUUAAACACUGUUGCCACAAGGGUGGAUCCAGGGUAUCACGUUGUCACAGUUCAAACCCUUCGCUGGGGAAUGUUUAUGGUUAGCGGAUUGUUUGUCGGUCCGCCAGAUUUCAACAGGCGAGAAGUACUAUAG